UUAAGGUUAAUUAGCAUUGACUACUGUCCGUUUAUAUUUUUGGAAAUCAAAGCGUGUGGAAGAAAAAGAGUCAUCUCUUUCGUUUUCUAAAACAACUCCAAGAAAUCUGGAAAUUCUCGAUAAACACAACUUACAACUAAUUUUAAGGGUCAAAUAAAAGUAAAAUAACAAUAGUAUUAUAAAGAAGGCUGAGACGCAGACCACAUCGAUGGCUGCCUCCACUAGCUUCUACUACCCAAUCCCCAAAAGUUUCCUUCUUUCCCCUCCCCGUCACAAACGAAACCCUAAUCUCAUCUCCUGCUCCACCAAACCCAUUUGCUCUCCUCCUCCUUCGUCUUCUCUGCAAACGACAACAACCCAUCGAAGCCAAAAGCAGAAUCUGCGUCUACCCACGUUUGAAGAUUCGUUUCUUCUUUACCAAUUCAGCUCUCCGACCGAAGACCCAGGAUUUUCUAACCGGAUCCCUGAACAAUUCGACGGAGAGCCACGCGAAUUGGUGUUGCCGAGAGUAGAAGACAACAACAAGGGGUUGGCGAUUUCGUCGAACAUGUGGUGGGCAGAUCUGAAAGCGGCUCUUGGGCAACGAAUCAAUGUUGAGGGUAUCGUUUCUUCGGUCUCUGUUGUUGUUAAAGAUCGUCAAUUGGUUCUUCCGCAUGUUUCUGUGAAAGAUUUAAGAUACAUUGAUUGGGGAGAGCUGAAGAGAAAGGGUUUCAAAGGUGUAGUGUUUGACAAAGAUAAUACUCUUACGGCUCCUUAUUCUCUAGCGAUUUGGCCACCACUCCGGCCUUCUAUUGAGCGGUGUAAAGCCGUGUUUGGCCAUGACAUCGCCGUGUUUAGCAAUUCCGCUGGGCUUACGGAAUAUGAUCAUGAUGAUUCGAAAGCUAAAGCAUUGGAGGCUGAGAUAGGAAUUAGAGUGUUGAGGCAUAGAGUGAAGAAGCCUGCAGGAACUGCUGAAGAGGUCGAGAAACACUUUGGCUGCGCGUCUUCGGAGCUUAUCAUGGUGGGUGAUCGACCUUUCACAGAUAUCGUUUACGGGAACAGAAACGGAUUUCUAACAGUAUUAACCGAGCCUUUGAGUCGAGCUGAGGAGCCUUUCAUUGUUAGACAGGUGAGGAGAUUAGAGUUGGCCUUGUUGAAACGUUGGUUGAGAAAAGGUUUGAAGCCUGUGGAUCAUAGUUUGGUAUCAGAUGUAACACAGUUUGUUAAAGUUCCAUCAGAUUUGUAAGAACGAUUCUCAGUUUGCUAAAUCAACAACUUUGUUUCUUGUUUUUUUUUUGUGUAAUGGAAAUUUUGACUUUGGGUUUUGGCCAAAUGCAUCAAGAUGAGAAAUGCCAUUUUUGAUA